GACCAACUCUCGCAAACUCUCCCAUUCAUUUUUUCAAGAAUUCAAGGGUUAAACUGCUAGUGCAAAUCUUGUUCUUGCAUUAUUCCAAGCAAGAUUGCAGCUAGAAAUGAACACCGGAGGGAGUGACGGAGAAGAUGGAGACGGAGGAGAGCGGGGCAGAGGAAGUGGUAGAGACGGAGAAAGAAGGGGCAGAGGAAGUGGUAGCGACGAGGAAAGAAGGGGCAGAGGAGAUGGUGGAGGCAGAGGGAAUGAACCAGAUGAAGCCUCCUCUUCGCAAGCAGCGACAAAAAAUCCUUCCUCGGUCGGACAAGAAGAAUCACUGCCAAGUCACUCCUUGCAUGGUCCCAAUCAGCCAGCUCGACCCUCCGUAACUCCGAGAAAUCAGACCUUUGACCAACAGCAGACUUCAGGACAACAGGCUCCUCAAGAUUCAGAACAUCAGAGGCUGGCAGGUCACACAAACUUCCGUCGUAAUAACCUUCGUAACGCAGAAAGAAAGUUUCCGUAAGUCAUGCUACAUGUUCAUCUCAAUUAUAUUUUUCCUGUCUUCGUUUCUGUUGGCAAAUACAUAUCUUUCACUUUUAACUGACACCCUGGAAUUUUAUUUGCCGCACCAAGUCCAUCUGCAUCAUUUCCAGCUAGAGUCGUACGACCGCAAAGGCAAGAUAUUGCUUUGCAGCUCAGAAAAAGAAACAUUGUUCUUGGUUCUCGGCCGAGUUCGUAUACACCACUUGCUUUGUUUCAACUUUCUAAAGCCAAAUAAUUUUACAUUGAACUGCCAGGAAAUGAAGUUGUCUCUCACAUCAAUGUUCUUUUGGCAGCUCGUAAGUUUGGUUCAUUCGGAAUUGGAAGGGGGAAGCCAGAGACAACGUCACAGCUAGGACCUUCCUUUCCUCACAGAAAGAGAAGCGCUGCUGAUAUACAACCAGAUUACAGAAUAUUAGCUGCCCUUCUGUGUAUGAACAUUAGUUCAAAUUUCUAAAUAAAUACCCAAUUUCCUGCUUAUGGAAAAUAAGAAUUGAUGUCUAUAUAUACCCAUCAGCAGAAUUGCUUGUUCAAGCGUGGUUUCCAGAUGGAGUAGCACAACCGCAGGGGCAAGAUGCAUUGGAGCGCAGCGAUAGAAACGUUGCUGAUAGUUCACAGCAGAGUUCGUAUACACCCUUUGCUUUGUUCAACUUUCUGGAAACAAAUAAUUUUACAUUGAACUGUCACGAAAUGAAAUUGUCGCUAGACUUCUCUCACACCAAUGUUCUUUUUGCAGUUCCUCAGUUUGCUUCAUCUGGAAUUGAGACGUCGGAGCCAGGAUCUUCCCUUCCUCGAAGGGAGAGCAGCGCUACUGGUAUAUUAGCCGACUUUCUGAGUAUGAAUUCAAAUUUCUAAAUAAAUAACCAAUUUCUUGCUUUAUAUAUAUAUAUGCAUACACCCACACAUGAUGCCAAAUUUGUAGCUUUCUGUUUUUUGGUAAAUCAACUCCUUUAGCAGGAGAGAGAAAACAAUAUGCAAAGUUUUCUUUAUGAAAAGAUUUGGGGAUGGAACCUUUCCUAACAAUAGGUAAAUUUAUUGACAUCCCAAUUUCUUUCCAAGCAAGAGCAAAGAUUUCUAUAAAAGACGCUAUAUGGAGUUUGACAGUGUACAAGCCGCAAGUUGCAACCAGGAACUCAAUAGCUUCUUUAAUAGAAACAAAUGACAGAAGUUUCAACCAGGAACUCAAAAAGCUUCUUCAAUAGAAACCAAUGACAGAAGAUUCAACCAGGAACUCUAUCUGGAAAAAGAAGAAAGCCAAAUUCCCUUAUUAUCAGAUUAAACAUCACCUCUGUAUUCAUUAUAUUCAUGCUCAAUGCUGUACAAAGGUUGCCGCAAAAUGAUUUCCUUCUUGGUCAGUCCUGAGAGCUUAUAUUCAUUUAUUGAUGAAACAAAUAGUUGUCUCUAAGAUUGGCUCAAAAUCAAGCGCUAACUCAGCACUUUCCAUUCAAAAUGGUUAUUGAAGAUUCAUUUAUUUCUAUAUUGCCAUAUGAAGCCAAUUCUGUUGCCAAUGCUGCACAUUUUCCUUUUCAGCUCCUAAUUCAGGUUCAUCUGCAGGGACAGUUUCACUUCAAGGGAUGGGUGGAUCAAUGACACAAACACAAGGAGAC